CGCCAACUACUGGCGCUGGAACGUUAACAAACACUGUAACCAGAAUCACAUAACCUGAUCUCUGCCCUACUCAGCAGACGCGCAUUAUUGCACCCAGGACAAAUACUAAAACUUAAAACAUAUAGAGAUGGAGGAUUUCCAAAAGGUUUAUUCUCGGCGGCUGAUUCGCGUAUGUCGCGGCAUCGCCGGCGUCCUGCUAGUUGGUUGCGUUAGCGUGAUGACGGGUUUGCUGGACGUACGUGUCUAUAACAACGAAGUUGAUUAUGCUCGGGAGUCUAUGGACAAGGAGAAGUUUAAGCCGCAUCGUUGCAACGACCGCUUGGCGGACAUGCUGGAGGUCAUCGAGGCGGAAGAUGGAAACAUGUGGCAGGACCUGCGACCAGCGUUCAGGAAUUGGUGGGCCUGCAUGCGCUCCGCGGAAGGGGCAGAGCCCGUGAUGCCCUACUUGAUGCUUACCGCGAAGGACAAGCAGUACAUAGACCCAGCUUCACGCAGAGUUCGCGGUGAAACUGUUCAACAAUUGAGCACGUGACGGUGCUGCGAGGCUAGCUGUAGUUUAUAGGAUAUGCCACCAGGCAGUUGAGGCGUUGGGCGUUAGUGCGUUCUAAUCCUAACUUUAUUAUGGCGUAAAUUGGUAGGACAUGAUACGUUUGUGGAACUGCGCAUAAAUAUGCCAAUCCUCCUGCACCUGAAGUGUCUCGG